CAAUCGACGAGCAACCGAGAGAUCAAGCGACCCUUUCGAAGAGUCGAGACGAAUGAAAUCUGAAGGUUAACGCUUCAAAUUCGGGAUCCACAAAAAGACUGCCAUGCCAUGCCGUCUCUAUCACGACGCAUCACGCUCCGAAAUCUUGACAGAGCGUGUAUUUGUGUGCAACUAAAAAGGAGUGAGGAGCCUCUGACAGCCCCGUGCAACCAUUGAAUGCAGAUUACUUGAUUGGGAGAGGGUGGGAGGCGGUUAAAGAUCGCAUCCUCAGUGGAAUAUGAAUAUGAAUAUAAGUCCUGGGGUUUCAGACGAUAUGAAUACGGGAUCCCUCCACCUUCCUUCCACCUCCAGUCCGCAACGACGAUGCGGAACAUGACGAUUUCAAAAGCCCAGUUCAUCGCCCUAUGGAUGGAAACAUUAUUCUUCGGCAUCAACACCGUUUUGUUUCUCAUAUGUCUAUACGUUCUCCUACGAUCGAGAGGGCACAAGGUCUUUCUAGGCGCGGCCGUCGUGAUGUACGCGUUAUGCACAGCGCACGUCGUGGUCGACUUCAUCCGGGGGAUCGACGCGUUUUUCGGACCUGAACACGAACCAAUGGCUUAUUAUACCGAUCCUUUAAUGUGGAGUGAUCUGCUGAGGCAGGCCUUAUAUAUUACAAACAUUUUAAUCGCGGAUUCACUUCUAAUCUAUCGGUUGUAUAUCAUUUGGGGGUACACACGCUGGAUCGUUAUUCUUCCGAUGCUCCUCCUCGUCGGGUUCUCUGUAUCUGGCUACAUCUCCGCUUGGUUGUUCACGCGCGUUCAACCAGGUCAGAAUGUGUUUGAUACCAGUAUUCCGAUGUGUUCGUUGAUCGGAUAUGCCAUGUCCUUGAGUACCAAUGUUAUUGUCACAGGUCUCAUAGCUGGACGCAUUUGGUGGGAUGCACGACGGACAUCCAAGUUCCUCGGGAGGCCUUAUUGUCAGAAAUAUCUCCAAGCGAUGGCUAUAGUGAUUGAAUCGGGUGCUAUAAUAUCAGCCUCUCUGGUGGUCCUCGUAGUGCUUUACUCUUUGAAGUUUAAUGCAACGUAUGUUACCGAUUCCAUUGCCCAAAUUACGGGGAUCGCACCUACUUUGAUCAUAGUUCGAGUUGGGAUGGGUUGCGCUGUGGAAUCUGACAGAGAUCAAUCGGAGAAUUUCGCGCAAACGGAACUUAGCUCGAUACGGUUCGUGAGGAAUAGUGCUCGGAUAAAUACUGUAUAAAGGGGGGCGAUUAUUUAUUUCACUAACCUGUAUUCCUACUACGUAGUUCUGGUUAUUUUCACAAUGGCGGGCCCAGGCUAAUACAGA